GAAGGAGCAGCUGCUCCGUCGGAACCUUUGUCCGCUCUGAGAAACAGGAAGCGCAUUAAAUUUGUGUCGCACGGGCCGGAACUGGUCUUCUGAAGUCACAUUGAAGACGAAAAUCCCCGUCUCAGGAUUAUUAGGACAAGUGGCCAGUCAGCUCAUUCCUGAUGACUUUAUUUGGAUGAUCAUUAAAAAUGUUUACUUCAAAGAUUGUCCCUCGUCUCAGUCUAUUACGUAGAGCAUCUUGUGCACUUCGAGCCCAUGCAGAAAUUUUGAAUGGAUGUAUACAACCGGUUCUUCCUGCUUACUGCUCUUCACUAAAACAGAAACAGAGAAACUAUUCAACAGCAGCAGACAACACAUCUCCUCCUCGAUGGGUCCAACUUGAGCCAGAACUGGAUGAGGCUCUUGUGCCACGUAAACUGUCAGUAAGUCCUCUGGAGAGCUGGCUCUCCCUGCGCUACUCUCUUCCUCCCCUGCUGGAGUCCGCUCAGCCGCAGGAGGACGCAGAGCUGCUGGAAGAGAAGGUGCUGCCACCCAUCUCGAUCCCUGUUUUGGAGGAUGGGGAGGGUUCAGCAACACCCCUUAGUUGCAAGAAUGUUCUGGAGAUUCGACGGCGGAAGAUGAACCGGCAUAAAUACAAGAAGCUGCUAAAACGGACAAAAUUUUUGAGGAGGAGAGUGCUGGAGGGCAGGGGGAGAAAGAAGCAGAAACGAUUUGAGGAGGAUCUGAAGAGGAUUUGGACACGAGCUGGACUGAAGAAGGCGCCAGAGGGAUGGAAUACACCUAAGAUCUUCAUUAAGCAGCAUGGAAACAAAAGGGACUGAGAAAACACUGGCAGUCAUUCGAGUUUGUGUCACAUCCCUCACACUGGACGGCUCUGCACACCACACUGCAGUUUCCCUAUUCCCUAUGUGUGCUAUUAUUUUUAACAAAGUGUAUAUAAUCUAAUAAAGAUCUUACUCUUUCAAGCCCAA